AUGGCGGUCGCCAGCUUGGCCAAAGCCGCCAGCAUCUGGGCCGGGGGUCUUCUCCUCGGCCUCGGCAUCCCCUACUUGCCCGCCGUCACGUCGCCUCGGCUCUCCUCCUUCAUCGGCGACUUCCCCAUGCCAGACUACCCACUCGUCUUUCCUUUCUUCAAGAACAGCGCGACAAACGCGACGUCAGCCCCGAAUCGGGCCGCGUUCACAUGCGACGCGUCCCACGCCUACCGCACCGAGCUCGUCUCGCUCGAGCCGCUCAUCAUCUACAUCCACAACCUCAUCACGCCGGCCGAGACGGCCGCGCUGCUGGAGACGGCCGAGCCGAGGUUCGCGCCGUCCGAGGUGACCAAGCACGGGCGCCACCAGCGGACGCGCGACCGGACGUCGAGCUCGGCGGGCCUGCCGCGCGACGACCCGGCCGUCAUGUGCGUGCUCAACCGCACGCGCAGCUUCCUGGGGACGAUGCUGCGCGACGGGUGGGACGAGAUGGGCCCGCCGCAGCUGGUCCGCUACACGACGGGGCAGCGGUUCAACGUGCACCACGACUGGUACGAGGUGCCGCAGUGGGCCGCCGACGGCAGCAACCGCAAGUGGAACCGCGUGGCCAGCUUCUUCGCCAUCCUGCAGGACGACUGCACCGGCGGCGAGACGUACUUCCCGUACGCGAAGCCCAUCACCCGGCCGAGCCCGCGGGGCGAGCGCAUGUGGCUGGGCGAGCGGCGCAAGACACACAAAGGGGCGCACGAGGAGGAGCCGCUGUGGAGAGAGCACGAGGAUGGCGGGCUCGCCUUCCGGCCCGUCGCCGGCAAUGCCAUCUUCUGGGUCAACCUGCAUGCGAACGGGACGGGCGAUCGCAGGACCAUGCACGCCGGCCUGCCCCUGGACAGCGGGCUGAAGACGGCCAUGAAUAUCUGGCCGCGGCAGUACUACCCCUCCGAAUGA